GCCUGCGCUCUCCAGCCGUGGACCAACGUGCUGCCCGUGCACUUCUUUCUUCAGUUGUUCAUGCACCAAUAAUGAGUAUGAUCUGAUCAAGCCCCGUGCGCAAUAUUUACUCCUGCCUUCACCAUGGCUUCAAACGUCCUGCGGACAGCUCAGAUCUUUGAGGAUCCGGAGCCGCAGCAGAGAGGACGAAGAACUUACCGCAGCCAUGCACCUUCUGCAACAGAUGUCGUGAAGUCGCGUCGAAAGGAGAACCAAAGCCCUACCAAGACUCUGCCCCGAGACUAUCAGGAUAAGAUAUCUUCCGCAAGUCCUUUGGGGGAACGACACAUCAACAGCCCACCUCAAACUAAGCGAGUCGCGACCAAGUUUGGUGAGGAACAGAGAUCUCCAGCGAAGCCUGGACACAAGAAGACCGGAAGCUCUGUAUCGCUAAGAGGACUUAUACUGGGAAAAGAGAAAGCUAUCGAUGCGAGCAGUGUUUCCUCUACAGAAGGCUGUGUCGUUGAUAAGAAACCCAAGAAGGUCAAGUCAGCGGCAAACUUGACAGGACUACUCAAGCGAAAAUCCAAGAAGGAUUUGAGAGAGGACACAAACAACGAGAACGGCUCAUCGCCAUCCAAGCAGACACCUGUUGAAGUCCCUACUCCAAUCUGGCAGCAGUUCGCAACCCAGCCGCUGGAAAGCCCCGACGGCACCAUGCUUUACCCAAUGUCCCAGCGGAAGAGGAUCGAGGAAGAGAUCAAACUUUACACUCCAAAAGACUAUUCGGAAUUUCGUCCAAAGGAACAGAGGAACUUCUACGGCUAUGGCCCUGCACUUCCAACUUCAAUUGACCACAAACCUCCUCAGCGUCCAUUCUUGGAGCACAAAUCUAGCAGAAGCUCCGUCUUCACCGAGAACCUCGAUGAUGAGCCCAGGUCUAGCUCAGACUGUGGGUUGAGCAAGGAUAGGAACUCGAGUCGCCCGGGAUCAGCACGCACUCCAGAUGCUCGUCCUGCGUUAGCAACUCGUUCCACGGAAAGCUCCCAGACAGAUACCAAGACAAAACGAGGAUCGAGAGUUUUCGAUGCUAUCCAAUCCUUGAACAUGAAAUCCCGCAAGGACCACUCUACCAAUCCAGACAGUCCUUCAGCGUCGACCCCUUCACUCAGCCCGCAGGAAAUUGAUUCAGCUUUCGAGCAGGUGCUGGACUCGUUGAAUAUACCUCUGAAUAUGCGCGACAACAUGAGAAAUCUGAAGCCAGAUGUGAAAGCAGGCUUGAUCAAGGGAGAACGCGUGGGCAGCGGAUCAUCAAUGAACUCUGCAGGAGGGGAUUCAUCUGAACCAAAAUCGACGAAAAGCCCACAGAAGCAAGAACCUGAGCGUCCAAAGAAUCAGGACGACGACGGGAAAGAAGGCAAACGGUCUCGGUCACGUUCCCGGCCACGGAGUCGCAUCCUGACUUUGAGUAGACGUGAUGAGGAGUCUUCCAGCAACAAAUCGGACCGACCUGGAUCAUCCUCUCGCUCUCGUAGCAAAUCCAGGAACAAGUCGGUUGAUGUAACUAACGCCCGACCUGGCUCUUCGAGAGCCAUGGCCUCGUCCUCGUCACUGGUGUCGCUUAACCCAGCAGAUAGUGCCACCACACCGGGCGAUUUUAUCCAUUAUCUGCGCGAAGUACAGAAGCCCGAACUGGUGGAGGUGGGCAAAAUCCACAAGCUGCGAAUCCUCGUUCGAAAUGAGUCCAUCAGCUGGACCGACCAUUUCGUGACCAAGGGUGGGAUGGACGAACUUCUUCAGCUAUACUAUCGGAUCAAGAAGAUUGAGUGGCGAGAGGAGCAUGAAGACAGUUUAUUGCAUGAGACUUUGCUCUGUUUGAAGGGAUUAUGCACGACUUCUCGAGCACUCCAGCGUCUGCACGAGGUGGAACAGGAAUUCUUUCCGGCGUUGCUGAGCAUGCUGUUUGAUCCCGACAGGAAAGGUCCAGCCGAGUUCAGCACCAGAGGAGUGAUAGUAUCGCUUCUGUUUGCCCACUUGUCCGCUGCCAUGGAUUUCGACGUGGAAGGAAAGCAAAAGCGGGCCGCCGCGAUUCUAGGAUUUCUGAAAGACCCUGCGCCGGAGCAAGACAAGCAGCCGUUGGAUUUUGUGUCGCAAAUGCAUGUCCCUCGGCCUUACCGAGUCUGGUGCAAAGAGGUCUCGAACGUGACAAAGGAAGUCUUCUGGAUCUUUCUGCAUCAUCUCAACGUUAUCCCUAUCGUCAACCCCGGUUCCAGCACCGCUGCAUCUGAUGGGUCUGACGCAUAUGCUCGGGCUCACUUUCCCGCGCCACGACCACCUCACCCUGCGGCGCCCUACGUUGGCGGCGUCGAAUGGGAGGCUACACAGUAUCUGGCGACGCAUUUAGACCUGGUCAAUGGAUUAAUUGCGUUCUUGCCCACGGCCAACGACCGCAACUCGCUCCGUGAAGAAUUGAGGAUCUCGGGCUUUGAAAAGGUCAUGGGAGGUACUUUACGCACGUGUAAAGAAAAGUUCUAUGGUGGAGUCCACGAAGGUUUGAAGUGUUGGGUUGCCGCGGCGAAAGCGGACGGCUGGUAUAUUGAAGAUGUUCGAGCCGGACCGCCGCGUGAUGUCACGAACUCGGCUCUCAGUAGUCCGCGCAAGAGUCCUGUCAAGAAGAAGGCCAAUGACGAACCUCCAAAGCUGGACCUGGUUGUGGACGUCGGUCUUAAAGUCGAAGAAGGAGACAAGAAGACUGCCAAUGCGCCUGCUACCCAGGGUGGCGCAGUAGAAGACCACUGGAUCUGAGAUGCAAUUGACAGAUUGAUGAUUCUAUGACUUGCGUUGUUGCCGGUGGCCCUUCCGACGAAAAGGGUAUGCAUGUUAUGUGUGGAUGGUGGGCGAGCGAACCUUUGUGGAACCCAAAACGAGAGACUACAGGAUGUUGCGCAGUCUGGGCACAGGGACAACUGAAGGUCGGAAAAUGAAGAUGGAAAGCAGUGUUGUGAUUAAUGAAUGACUUUGACGAUGUGUGUUUGACUUUCACUUCUCUCUUGUGGAUUGUUUGGGGUCGGUGGUGGCGUUAUGGCUUUGUUAGUAUGAUAAAGGUUCAGGUUCAGGUACAGGUACAGGAAGCGUUUCCCUAUUCAUCUUUUCUGUGUCUGCCUGUGGCGCGUCCGCCUGACCCGGUCCUCUCUGUUGUGGAUUGAUCGAUAAAUGAUCGAGGCAAAGCAACCGAGCUCGGUCUGUUAGGAACUGUGUCCCAUGAUUGAGAAUGUCUGAUGCUCAUGCUUAUAAAGUUAAGUACCUGGGCAUGACUGUUUACGUAGUAUGGCAGCGAGGGUGCGUAGGUUUGAUUAUGAGACCGAGCACCAAGACCGAAACCAGCCUUAGAUAGAUUACCUAUGAUUGAUUCCUGUUGCCCCGACGUUCCACUACCAGUACGAGAUUAU